AUGCAGAUGAGGAAACAAUUGGUGCGCCAUUGUUGGAAGAAUGGUUUUGACUUGGAAGGUGAGAACGUCCCUUGCUGGCUUCUGCAAAAGCCCGAAUCUGAGCGGUGCGACGAUGUCGCUUGCAGUGAUCCGGAGAAGAGACAUCGUCGCAACCCGCCAGCAGACACCCCAGUUGCUUGCUCGCAGUGGUUUGGUAUCUGGAGAAGAGAGAUCGUUGGCAGCCGGCAGCAGACACCCCAGUUCCUUUGCUUUAGCAGACUAAGUAGCAGACUAUUGGUUGGCAUCACUGUUGAAGGGUUACGGCCCUUUCGGGUGAACAAAUGGGUGAUCUCAUGGAACAUAGUUAUUUGGUGA